CUCUCGUAGCUAGUGCGCUUGUGCAAGAAGCUCAAGUCUGCCCGGGAAGAGACCUCCCGGCUAGCCUCAGUCUCCGGGAUGCUGGGGGCGGCGAUCGUGAUUCUACCCCCAUUUCAUCGUGUUCUGAUAACAUAGAGUCUGUCUCACUCGUUCACACGCUUGCUCACUCACUCGCUCGCUCAUUCGCUUCUUCUCUCUCUCUCUCUCUCUCUCUCUCUCUCUCUCUCUCUCUCUCUCUCCGUCGUUCUAUCUUCGCGCAUUCGCUUGACUUUAUUCCUAUUUCUCUCACUCUCUCCUAGCAUUCUCCUCUUCUCUUGCUCUCUCUCUCUCUCUCUCUAUUUUCAUCCCCUCCGUAUAUAUUCUCCUCUUUCUCUCUCUCAUUCUCUCUCUCUCUCUCUCUCUCUGCUUUCGAUUCUGUGUCCCCUUGCGUGGUCUAUCCCUUCUCCGUCUCUACGCUUCACACCCUUUUCCUCCGCCGAAGCCUGGGUGCAGUCACCGCGAGUACCUUCAACUAACCACCUCCAGCAGGUGAGCCUUCUUCGUUGAACGUCGUUCGUAUGUCCGUUCGUUUGUUCGUUCUCGACACGAGUAUCCGAGAAAGAUAGGGAAAGAGAAAGAGAGAAAGAGAAAGACAGAGAGAGAGAGAGAGAGAGAGAGAGAGGGAGAUAGAGAGUGUAUAUUAGAUCAAUUUUAUUGCUCCUUCUUAUUUCCGACUCUAAAAGAACGAAAAAACGUACGGACGUCUUUUAAAAAUCGUUUACGAUACGCGAUAAAUAGAUAAGAAGGCAAUUCACACGAUGGACGGUGGUGGAGAUUGUAAAGUCGCCACCGUGGAGGUUGAGGCGGCAGCCGCGGGUGACAACACGGCAACUCUUCCGGUCACGAGGCCUCUAAAUCCGCAAAAUUCGCCGCCUAACGCGCAGGACAACGCAGAGAAGAACAACGCGGCAAAUAAAGAAAUGGAGCUGAAGAACGUACGAUCUACGCCAGCGAAAAAAACGUCGCUCUUCAUCAUCAUGAGCUUCAUUUAUGCGAAGUUACUGGUCGUGGUGUGCAUCGCUUAUGUUAUAAGCGAAGUGGUAACGCACAAAUUGCCGCUCUACUAUUAUGAAGGAUUUUUCACGUAUCUCUACGGUGCGAGCAUACUCUUCCUUCUCUACGUGUUCUGCUUCCUUCUUCAAGAGAGCGCCUGCUGUGCGCGCGGCAGUGAUACACCGCCACCACCACCGAGACCACCUAAACCACCGAAGGAGCAAAAGGAUAAGAAGGACAAGAAGGAUAAGGAUCAGAAAGCUGCAAAGAACAAGAAGGAUUUUCAGGAUGCUGCAGACGUGGAAGCUGGCGUUGCAACGCGUGCAUUACGAAAACGAAAAACUUCUCAGAACGAUCACAGUCAUGGAAGUUUUUUUCUUCGAAUCGGUGCCAUAGCAUUCGGUUUGGGUACAAUGAUCUACAACGGAUUGGAAUUCGGAGCAUUUUUUGAGGUACCACCGACUUCGCCCUGUUAUCAAAUACUUCAGGGUGUUAAUCCCGUUCUUCAAAUGAUCUUCACGUUCAUGCAGAUGUACUUCAUCUUUAUGAAUUCCAGGUUAAACAUUCAUCGAUUCAAAGUAGUUGCACGAUUCGGUUUGAUGCACGUCGUCGCGACGAAUCUUUGCGUUUGGAUACGAACGUUGGUACUUGAGAGCCUCAAGGAGAUCACUCAGUAUCAUCAACGAUUGGGACAAGAGGAGGCCGGAAUUUUAGAGAGUAUAAAACAACACUCGUUGAGAAACGCUGGAGCGAUCUUAGGCACAGAACCUAGGGACAUGGCCCAGUUACGGGAUGCGCCGUUGCACUCAAUUAUAAAAACAACGUCAGUAGCUUCGACCUUGAUACCAACAACGGCAGAAUCUCUUACCCGAGCGAUGAGAACCACUGUCAAAGCAAUCCCAAGAGUAGCGACUACUUUAUCUACGGCAGCCUCUACGGCUUUCAUGACCUCACCAACUACGACACAGAAUAUUACAGCUACCACGACCACAACGACAACGUUUUUGCCCAAUUUGACGACUACGGCCGCUACUACGUUAUCCACUUUGUUGACUACUUUGACUACGAGAAGCACUACCACCGAAAGAACGACUACACCGAGUACAACGCCUUCUACUACUACACCGACGACUACGACCACGACUACUACAACAACGACUACACCAGCUUCUAUUUUAUCGAAUGCUUUCGGUGAUCUCUUUGAUUCAUUUCAAGCUGACACCAAAGAUCAGGUACACGAAGUAUUUUACGUUAGCAAUGCGACGAACACAAGCGAUUAUUGGGGCCAGAAUCUUGGCUUUUAUGCGGAAGCUUUGACGGAGGAUGGCACGUUAACAAACUCCUGUGGUCGCGUCAACAUCAUGGGUACUAUCGUCCAAGACGCAGCACCCUACUUAUUCCCCUUCAUUAUCGAGUACAGCCUGAUCGGCGCUGCUGUGAUAUACGUCAUGUGGAAACACAUCGGUAGACACCCGCGUUGGCCUCAUCAAGCGGAAGCCGAUCUCGAGCGUCGUCUGGAAGUCAUGCUUUCGAGAAGGGCUGUAGCCCUGGCACAUGCAGGACACGCCAGAGUGGACUGCGUCGGGGCAAGCAAGGGUCUAUUCUUUGGUCUGCUGCUACUGGUCGGUUCGUUGAUUUGUCUGAUACUCUUCUUCGUCCUGAUACAUCACUCCGAGCUUGGACUUUUGGCGAUUUAUCUGGCUGACGUUUCUCACUGCGUUUUAAUGGCUCUAUCGAUCAUCGCUAUCAUCGUCGGUUUCAUACGUGUCCAAAGUCUCAAGUUCAAGGCCGAAGAACAGAGCGACUUGAACGACAUACUUUUACGCGUCUCUGCUUUUGGACUCUUCGUCUACGCCGUUUUCAGCGUGAUCGCUGGUUCCUUAGCAGCGUUUACCCACGAACCGAAUCUUUUGGUGAUGGUUACCGGCCUUCUCUCAGUAGCCCAGGUUGUCCUUCAGAUGUUAUUCAUCGCUGAUGUUUCACGUAGGCGGGUACACCUUCCCGAACACGAUCGCAGCAAGCCAGGACGUCAAGUGGUCACCUUCCUUCUCAUUUGCAACGUAACCAUGUGGGUCAUUUAUACCUUCGAGAUGCAAAAGGUCAUCGCUAAUCCCGUACAACUUGACUUUUAUGGAUUCCUCGCUUGGGCUAUCGUUCAGAGAGUUACAUUACCUCUCUGCAUAUUCCACAGGUUCCACAGCGCCGUAACGCUUGCUGAAAUUUGGAAGACUAGCUAUAAGGCACGUCUCGAGUAAACUAUUGAGGAAUAAAAUAUUUCUCGAUGUGUCCUUACACUGUCAGCUAGAGAAAGAAGGAAGAAAGAGAGAGAGACAGAGACAGACAGAUAGACAUACAGAAAGAAAGAGA